AGAUAUCUAUCGCAGUGCUGAAGUACUUCUCCAGCUGACGGCAAGGUGUAUCCAGAUCUCUCUCUUGAUCAUCUUGGUUGAACGUCCGAUUGCUACCGAGAAAGAUCAUGUCCCAAAUGUUACCCUCCUUGAAGUCCGACAGGUCGGGGAAAAAGGGUGCGACGACAUCCCCGACCCCUGUAAACUGACGGUGGACAUUUUUUAAGUCGUUAACGGAGAAGAGUCCGGCCCAGCUGGUUUCGGUUUCGCAGACAGCCAGCUGGUCUUUGCGCUUCUGUCGCUGGAGAGUUCUGUUGUGACAGGUGACCGCGAACUUGGACUCGAUCACAUUCCACUGAACGAUAAAACCGAGCUUGAACGUCUCGUUUUCUUCGAAUAUGUUCGUUUUGAUGGCGACCCAGCCGUCCAAGCUGUCCAAACGCUCGCAGUCUAUGCUAUUCAUUUUGUUGUUGUUGUUGUGGUAAACAUGUAGCUAGCGAACUAAGACUUGUAUUCCUCUGGCUUGUUUACAACGUCGGCCAUUUGUAACGAUGACGUAGUAUUUCCCGUGGCGUUCUCUUUUACCUUCAACUUUGACCUUUCCGUCACAUGCUCAGGGGGGAUUCCACAGCCAAUUUUAUUCGCUACAAUAUAUCAGGGAUUUAUGCCAAGAGGAUUUGAAUAUUUAAUACAAUGUGUCACCUUCAAGAAAAUAAUGACCACAUUCACAAUCAAAUACUAUUGGAUUAAAUACAAUAUUAUCACUUUAUUAGGCGACUAAAGGCAGAUUUUGGCACGAUGUCAAAAUACCCAUGCUGACACUUGAUCUGUGUGCAUAACAGUUGGGGAUCCUGCUAUAUUUGUCACGAACUGCUUCCUUGGUUAGCCUGUCAAAAACACAGUCAAUGGUCGCCCUGAAUCGACGUUGCUGGGGGAGUUAUUGAAUAAUUUCUCACCAAGUACCUCCACCUUCCUCCUCCCAUCAUGGACCUGUAUGAGGUCUUCACAGGAAGCAGGCUGGAUGUCAUCACUGAGGAGGUGCUGAGUGGAGACGAGGAGCGUGGGGAGGAGCACCAGGAGGAGGUGAAGGAGGAGGAGGUGAACAGGGAUCUCCCUACCAAAGAGGCCUUCGUAGUAGUGUCAGAGAGAACAGAGACUAGAGAGUUGUCCUCUACCUUCCAGCGUUUCUCCACGGAUACCAACGACUCUCUAAGGUUUGAGGCGUAUGUCCCGUCUUCAGAUGAGGAGGGAACUCCAUCCCCUGACAGCUCUGUGGACGGACACGAUGACGUGUUUGAGGAGCACAAGGAGUCAGAGGACAAGGUGAAUAACAUCAGGACUAAGCUGGAGGAGAAGGUGGUGGAGAUGGAGAACUUUGCAGGACAUCUAGAAGAGAUCUUCCUCACUGUGGAGGAGAAUUUUGGUCGUCAGGAGCAACACCUGGAGCAGCACUGCAACGAUGUUCUACAGACGUUGUCCCAUCGUUACGACGAGCGAGCCGCUGCGCUGGGGGAGGAGAAGAAGAGGAAGUUGGAGGCCUUGUACACUCAGCUGCUGGGCUGCGGACGCACCCUGGACGCAUCCAAGGACCUGAUUGAGACCGCCCAGGAACUGUACCGCACCGAGGACAAACGACUCUUUCUACAGGCUGUUAUGCCCACCAUGAAGAGAAUUGAGGAAUUUGCGAAGGAGAAGCCUGACCUGACUCUGGUGACCCCUCUGGAGUUUGACAUGCCCCUCGCUGACCUGUCAGACGUCAAGACCAUGAUGGACUCCAUCAACAUCGUACCAGCCCCAUCUGCCCCGGUCAUCAACCCCCAGGUGUCUAACUCGGCCACGAGGACGUCUCUGCGUGUGUGCUGGAGCCUGUUCUCAGACGACUCUGUGGAAUACUACGAGCUCUACUACAGACCUGUCCUGGAGGACACGCCGGCUGUAGACAGCAUCAAGGGGCCUGACGUGUCUAAUGUGAAGGUUAAGGAAACCCACUGUAGUGUAGGAGAGCUGCUGCCUAACGUGCAGUAUGAGUUCUGGGUCACAGCUACCAAUACGACAGGCAUCAGCCUUGCCAGUGAGAAGGCUGUCUACGUGACAGUCCCAUCUCCACCAGUCAUCAGACAGAGGGAGUGUAGCAGUUGUCCGGAAGCCGCUCUGAUUCGCUGGGAGUCAGGAAACACCAACCCAGUCGACUCCUACACCGUAGAGCUGAUUGAGACAGGCACUGAUGGACAGAGUGGGGUCACUGAGUCCAUCGUGGCUGUUCCUACCUGUGAGAGUCUGAUCCAGCUGGAGUCAGGAAGACAGUACCUCAUCUACGUCAGAGCUGUCAACAUCGGAGGACCCAGUGACAGGAGCCAGGCUUUUACUGUCUCUACUACAGGAACCAUCUUCCACCUGCUGCAGGACACAGCCCACCCCUGUCUGUCCAUCUCUGAGGACGGCUUCUCCAUGUUCUACGGAGACGAGGAGCUCCCGCUCUCCGCCAUGACCUUCGAUGACAACACCUUCGCCAGGUGUGUAGCUGUGUUAGGGGACCUGAUCCCUGUGAGAGGCAGACAUUACUGGGAGGUGGAACUGGACGAGGACACAGAGUACAGGAUUGGAGUGGCCUAUGAAGAUACUCAGAGAAACUCCUACCUGGGAGGAACAAAUACAUCCUGGUGCAUGAGACAUGUCCUCACCCCAUCCAGACGCAAACACAAGUAUGAGUUCCUCCACAGCGGCUGGAGCCCAGACAUCCGGAUAACGGUGAACCCUGUGAGGAUAGGGCUCAGUCUGAACUAUGAGAGAGGGAUCCUGUCCUUCUUCAACGUAGAGCUGGAACAACACCUCUACACCUUCUACUGUAGCUUCCAACGCUACGUUCAUCCCUGCUUCGCUCUGGACAACCCCGGUGCGCUCACUGUUCUCACUGGGGUAGAGGCACCGGGGUACGUCCACUUGGUCUGAGUUUACCUACCAUGAUGUACAGGUGUGUCCAUGGAAACGUCUUUACCUACCAUGAUGUACAGGUGUGUCCAUGGAAACGUCUUUACCUACCAUGAUGUACAGGUGUGUCCAUGGAAACGUCUUUACCUACCAUGAUGUACAGGUGUGUCCAUGGAAACGUAUUUCUGUUGUCUGAUUGUUAUUCUAACCCUCUGGACAACACUGCAUGGUAGAGCACAAUUAUAUUACAAAAACAUGUUUAUGACCCCUUUGUGUAAGUGAGUUAACAACCAUAUCUGAAUAAAAACCAUGUAUAUCAGUGGUUUAGACCAGGGUUUGAUUGACUACCACAACACUGUUACAUACUAACAUGAUGAAACCCUGGACUGGACUUACCAGGACUGGACUAGCACAACACUGUUACAUACUAACAUGAUGAAACCCUGGACUGGACUUACCAGGACUGGACUAGCACAACACUGUUACAUACUAACAUGAUGAAACCCUGGACUGGACUUACCAGGACUGGACUAGCACAACACUGUUACAUACUAACAUGAUGAAACCCUGGACUGGACUACCACAACACUGUUACAUACUAACAUGAUGAAACCCUGGACUGGACUACCACAACACUGUUACAUACUAACAUGAUGAAACCCUGGACUGGACUACCACAACACUGUUACAUACUAACAUGAUGAAACCCAGGACUGGACUACCAGGACUGGACUACCACAACACUGUUACAGACUAACAUGCUGAAACCCUGGACUGGACUACCACAACACUGUUACAUACUAACAUGAUGAAACCCUGGACUGGACUACCACAACACUGUUACAUACUAACAUGAUGAAACCCUGGACUGGACUAGCACAACACUGUUACAGACUAACAUGAUGAAACCCUGGACUGGACUACCACAACACUGUUACAGACUAACAUGAUGAAACCCUGGACUGGACUACCACAACACUGUUACAGACUAACAUGAUGAAACCCUGGACUGGACUACCAGGACUGGACUACCACAACACUGUUACAGACUAACAUGAUGAAACCCUGGACUGGACUAGCACAACACUGUUACAGACUAACAUGAUGAAACCCUGGACUGGACUAGCACAACACUGUUACAGACUAACAUGAUGAAACCCUGGACUGGACUAGCACAACACUGUUACAGACUAACAUGAUGAAACCCUGGACUGGACUACCAGGACUGGACUAACAACACUGUUACAGACUAACAUGAUGAAACCCUGGACUGGACUUCCAGGACUGGACUAGCACAACACUGUUACAGACUAACAUGAUGAAACCCUGGACUGGACUCCCAGGACUGGACUACCACAACACUGUUACAUACUAACAUGAUGAAACCCUGGACUGGACUAGCACAACACUGUUACAGACUAACAUGAUGAAACCCUGGACUGGACUACCAGGACUGGACUACCACA